UCCCUCACAUCCAUUUAUAACCAACUCAUUCUCUCUCUUGAAUCUCUCUCAAGUCAAUCUCUCUCUCUCUCUCCACAAAAAUCUCUCUCGUUACGUUCAUUGAUUUAUUUAUUACUGCAUAUAUACACUAUACAUAUAAUUUAUUCAUACAUAGCCUCCUCCUCCGGUUCUAUUGUCGCCUCUCCGGUGCUUUCGAUGGCGCCAAUUCAAAAGAACAUCCAAUUGACCGGCGCCGAUCGAAACUUGCCGGACGGCGACGAGCUCGAAGACGUCCGACUCCUCGAUUCCUACGACGAGGACGGUGAGAAUGAAGAUGCUAAUUAUAGCCUUUCUUCCAAUCAUCGGAGAAUUCAGGUCAGAAUUACCGGGAUGACUUGUUCGGCGUGUUCUAAUUCCGUCGAAGGAGCUUUGAAGAGCUUAAUCGGCGUUGUUAGGGCUUCGGUUUCGCUUCUUCAGAACAAAGCCGACGUCGUUUUCGAUUCCGCUUCGGUCAACGAUGAUGACAUAAAAAAUGCUAUUGAAGAUGCUGGUUUUGAGGCUGAGAUUGUACCAGAAGCCAGUUCAACUAAAAAAAGUUCAAGCAGCACAUUAGUGGGCCAGUUUUCGAUUGGAGGUAUGACAUGUGCAGCAUGUGUAAAUUCUGUUGAAGGUAUCCUGAGGAAACUUCCUGGAGUAAAAAGAGCAGUUGUUGCGUUGGCUACAUCUUUAGGAGAGGUAGAGUAUGAUCCUACUUUAAUUACUAAGGAUGAGAUAGUAGAAGCAAUUGAAGAUGCUGGUUUUGAAGGUUCACUCCUACAAAGCAGCCAACAGGAUAAAAUCAUCCUCGAUGUGAAAGGUAUAUUGAGCGAAAUGGAUGUAAAGCUUCUAGAAGGAAUACUGUGCAAUUUGAAGGGAGUGAGACAAUUUUAUUUCAACAGGACAUCAAAAGAAUUAGAAGUUUUAUUUGAUCCACUAGUUCUUAGUUCAAGAGCAUUAGUUGAUGGGAUUGAAGAAGGAAGCUCUGGAAAUAUUAAGCUACAUGUCAAAAACCCUUACACGAGAAUGACCUCCAAGGAUCUUGAAGAAACCUCUAACAUGUUUCGUCUCUUCAUGACUAGUCUCUUUCUCAGUAUUCCUCUCUUUUUCAUGCGAGUUGUUUGUCCAAGCAUUCCUCUACUGUACUCGUUGUUGCUCCGGCAGUGUGGACCUUUCAUAAUGGGUGAUUGGUUGAAGUGGGCAUUAGUCUCUGUUGUGCAAUUUGUUAUUGGGAAGCGUUUUUAUGUUGCAGCUUGGAGAGCCCUAAAAAAUGGUUCAACAAACAUGGAUGUUCUGGUGGCGUUGGGAACUUCUGCUUCUUACUUUUAUUCCGUCUGCGCGCUGCUAUAUGGUGCAGUAACUGGGUUUUGGUCACCUACAUAUUUUGAGACAAGUGCAAUGCUGAUAACAUUUGUAUUGCUGGGGAAGUACUUAGAAACUCUUGCUAAAGGAAAAACUUCAGAUGCUAUAAAGAAGUUGGUGGAAUUAGCACCGGCAACAGCAAUUCUGCUUCUUAAAGACAAGGGUGGCAAAAUUGUUGGAGAAAAGGAAAUUGAUGCUCUGCUGAUUUAUCCUGGUGAUGUCCUAAAAGUUCUUCCUGGAACAAAAAUUCCAGUGGAUGGCUUGGUUGUUUGGGGUACAAGCUAUGUCAAUGAGAGUAUGGUUACUGGUGAAGCUAUACCAGUUUCCAAGGAGGUCAAUUGUUCAGUUAUUGGUGGCACCAUAAAUUUACGUGGCUCGCUUCACAUACAAGCUACCAAAGUAGGCUCAGACACAGUUUUAAGCCAAAUAGUAUCUAUGGUUGAGACGGCACAAAUGUCCAAAGCUCCUAUUCAGAAAUUUGCAGAUUAUGUUGCGAGCAUUUUUGUUCCUACCGUUAUUCUAUUUUCAUUGUUGACAUUUUCUGGUUGGUAUAUUGGUGGAGUUACUGGUUCUUAUUCAGAACAAUGGCUUCCUGAAAAUGGAAAUCACUUUGUUUUCGCUCUCAUGUUUGCAAUAUCAGUUGUAGUGAUUGCGUGUCCAUGUGCACUUGGCUUGGCUACCCCAACUGCUGUCAUGGUUGCAACUGGGGUCGGAGCUAAUAAUGGAGUGUUAAUCAAAGGUGGAGAUGCAUUGGAGAGAGCUCAGAUGGUAAAUUGUGUUGUAUUUGAUAAAACAGGCACUUUAACCCAAGGAAAGGCUACAGUUACAACAGCUAAAGUUUUCACAGAAAUGCAGCGUGGGGAUUUUCUUACGUUGGUAGCUUCAGCUGAGGCUAGCAGUGAACAUCCUUUGGCAAAAGCUAUACUGGAGUAUGCACGCCAUUUCCACUUCUUUGAGGAGCCUUCUACUACCUCCAAUAUUCAAUACCCUGAAAAAGACCCCAAAUAUUCUGGAUGGCUUCUUGAUGCAUCAGAGUUCUGUGCUCUACCUGGAAGAGGCAUCCAGUGCAUUAUAAAUGAAAAACAGGUUUUGGUUGGUAAUCGUAGUUUGCUUACAGAAAGUGGAGUUAAUAUCCCAACUCAUGCUGAGAAAUUUGUGGUGGAGCUGGAAGAAAGUGCUAAGACGGGCAUACUUGUGGCAUAUGGUUCGGUCUUUAUUGGUGUCUUGGGUGUAGCAGAUUCACUAAAGAGAGAAGCUGCUGUAGUUGUAGAAGCCCUCUUGAAAAUGGGUGUCACACCUGUGAUGGUUACUGGGGAUAACUGGAGGACGGCUCAAGCUGUUGCUAAAGAGGUAGGUAUUCAUGACGUAAGGGCAGGGGUAAUGCCAGCUGAGAAAGCUGAUGUCAUCCGUUCAUUUCAGAAAAAUGGAAGGAUAGUGGCUAUGGUGGGUGAUGGUAUCAAUGAUUCACCGGCUCUAGCUGCUGCUGAUGUUGGUAUGGCUAUUGGAGCUGGAACAGAUAUUGCAAUUGAGGCUGCCGAUUAUGUGUUGAUGAAGAGCAACUUGGAAGAUGUUAUAACAGCGAUCGAUCUCUCAAGAAAGACGUUUUCACGCAUCAGAUUGAAUUAUGUGUUUGCUAUGGCUUACAAUUUAACUGCCCUCCCUAUCGCUGCUGGUGUAUUCUUUCCGCUUGUAAAGCUUAAAUUGCCACCGUGGGCAGCUGGCGCCUGUAUGGCUAUGUCAUCUGUAAGUGUCGUGUGCUCUUCUUUGCUUCUUAGGAGAUACAGAAAACCAAGACUUACGGAUAUUCUGGAAAUAACUGUAGAAACUUAGCUAGGGAAAACCAGAAAGUAAGCCAAAUUAGAAGGAUUAACCAAGUCAUAUACGAGGUGGUGUUGGAAUGAAUGUUGACUGCUUCCUAGCAUCCAAUUUUGUACUAUAUUUCUUUCUCCGAGCUUCACAGCACACAGCUGUAAUAGGUCAAUGUGGUGGUGGUGGUGGUGUUGCAUUGUUUGUUCAAUGUAAAUAUAGCAAAUUUAUACCUGUUGUGUUGUUUUGUUUGUACCUUUUGUAGUAAACAAACUGAAAGCUCUUUACUUUUAAGCUGGAGUAAAAUAGUUGGAAUUUA